AUGAUCUGCCGUCUAACGACGGGAGCCAUAGAGGCCAUGGUAGUCGUGGCGACCGUGGCAACCAUUAUGGUGGAGAACGCCCUAACAGUCGGAGACACCGGAGAGGCCGAAGAGGACGCGGAGGACACGACAAUCAGCCCUCCCAAGCAAGGAUACUUAAUUCGCGCUCAGCGGCAGCUCACCCAGAAGCGUGUUGCAGCGCUGCCAGCAGAAGUAAAAAAAGAGCUUUUAACUCGCAAGCGUGACUCUGAGGUUGCUAGAGUUAUAAUGCCUGACGCGCCUCCGCGCAAAAGGCGCGCCCGAUUGGCGUCGCCGGAGCGCGAACCAUGCGAGUUCAUGGAACCAGAAUGUGAUAGCCAGCGUAAAAAAAUUAUUAUUUUAGAGGAUAUACAAUUGGUGCCCCCCAAACACGCCGAAAUCAUGGCUAACGUCGAGAUACAUAACAUUCAACAAUCGCCGCCCGGGGAUGUCGAGAUAGAUGAAAUUCAACUAUCUCCGCCCAGGGACGUGGAGAUACAAGACCUGAAACCUAGAGAUUUGCUGCGUAUCGGAAACAAUAUGGUAGCCGAGGCUGAUGACGAAGUAACUGUGACGCCUUCCACUAGCAAACAGCGUACUUCGAUUGGGGUUAUUGACAAGAAUUUCGACGUUGUCGUUGGCGACUGGAUAAAACUGACCGAUGACCUAAGUGACUGUGACAUGGACACAGAAAACGAGGACUGCUUUCUCCCUGUCAUGACCUCACGCAACGCUACGGCGGAGCCUGCAGCUGAAACUGACAUGACGUUGUACGAGACAGUUCAGGACAACUUUGGCGGAAGACUUACUAAAGUUACACCGACAUAUUGA